CGGACGAAAAAAUUAGGCAUAGAGAGUUGAAUGAGGCGCUUCACCCUAGAUUUGCCAUCCCCAUCGAGAAAAAAAAAGCAAAAGUAAAAACAUAAUCAUCCACUAAAAAAUCGGAUCGAAAUGGUGUUCAACAGCCCUGCAAUCGUAGCGGUGGCCAAGCUGUCGGCGAAUGCGUGCCAAUACAUAGCGUGCAAUCCGGAGCGGCUCAGCGCCGAUCAAGUGCUCAACCUCCUCUUCUGCUUCCCCUUUCGCCACCUCCGCCGCUUCGCCUUCUGCAUCUGGACCUUCUUCUGCUUCCCCCUUCCCAGCAACCCUUAUCUCUCCUCCUCCUCUUCUUCUUCUUCUUCUUCUUCUUCUUCUUCCCAAUCCGAUCUUGACCCCGAUCUACACUCCGAUUGAAUUCUCCCUCUCCCAAUUUCCUCUACACUUUCGUGGCCACCACGAUCAAUGAUCUGCUCAAAAAGGAGAGGGCGAAAACUAGUAGAAUAACAUAAAAAGGUCAUUCGUCCUUUUGUUGUAUUUACUGGAUCUAUAUAGGAGGAGACUAUGUAAAGUUAGAAAUUUUCUUCUUCGAAAUAUAUAAUUUGCGUUGAUGGAUGGAUGUUGCUAUUGCUAAUAUUUGAAAUUUGACAAUAAAGAUUGUAUUUUGGUCACUCUGGUGUGAUAAUUGUAUAAAUUUGGUGUUGGAGAUGUGGCGUCUGGCAAUAACAAUGAUACUGAUAUGAGGAAGUUGUACAUUCUGCAUCUUUGAUAAGGGUUAAUUAACACGCACUGGUGUUUAUUAGAACCACUGAAUUCACAUUUUGUAAUCCUUGAUCAAUUUAUAUGUUACUCAAUUUAUACUAUAUUUAUACCGUCUGUCACGGCAAGUUGUUAGCACUUAAUUGAAAAGGGACUCUCUUGUAAACAUCUAGAGUCUUCAUCAGCAACCAUGUGGAGUGGAGUUCCCUUUUUUUAAGCUCCAUAAUUCCCAUACCUAGAUAAUGGAGCAUGUGUGUAUUGGGCCAUUUUGUGAUGUCGGGUGUAAAUGAAAUUUGCUGCUUGUAGCUUGUGAUUGUCAUUGCUUAGGUUCAAUCCCACUUUCAAAGAUGGUAAAAUUGUGUUGCUGAAUAACGAGUUGAUUGUUUAUUCGAAGUGUGUUAUUGAUUACCAAUCAAUCAAUAGCUGACUGAGCAGGGCAUGCUUUUCCAACACAUCAUCAAUACCUUUUAAUUAAUUUAACUAAGUCAAUGUAUGGGAAGGAGAGUGUUCUAGAUUAAUCACUCACCCACCCCUCUCUCCCUCUACCUUCCUCCCUCAUCAAUCUCAUUGGCACCAUCGCCAUGGCCGACGAGUCCCAGGUUUCGCAUCAUAACGAAGAAGUCAAUCUUUCUCAACUCUUCCAUGAUCAUCAGUUAAAGGCGACUAGGCUUCCCCCUAUCGAGGAGGUUAGGACACUCCUUCAUCACAGUGUCUGGGGAUUUCUCUCCUCCUUGUCUCAGGAGCACCAUGGUUAUCCAUUCGGGUCCAUGGUUGACUUUGCUUGUGAUGCUUACGGAUCUCCCAUAGUUGCUGUUAGUAACUUAGCAGCUCAUACAAAGAACCUUGUAGCCAAUCCAAAAUGCUCAUUGCUUGUGGCAAAAGAUCCCGAUGACAGGUCUGACCUUAUUGUUACGAUUCAGGGAGAUGCUCUCCCAGUUGAUAACAGCAAUAUGGAAGCUAUUCGGACUGCAUACAUGACUAAUCAUCCAGAUGCAUUCUGGGUGGACUUCAGCGACUUCCAGUUCUUGCGCAUUGAACCUAAAGUUGUACAAUAUGUCGCAGGUGUCGCUACAGUUUCACAAGCAUAUGGAGAAUUCAGCAAUGAGGAGUUUAGAACUGCAAAAGUGGAUCCUAUAUAUCAAUUUUCUAAGCCUAUAACAUCUCACAUGAAUAAGGAUCAUGCAGAUGACACAAAGCUGAUUGUGCAGCACUCUACGUCCAUACCGGUGGAAUUUGCAACCAUGUUGGACGUAGACAGUCUUGGUUUCACUGUGAAGGCUGGCUAUGAAGGCAAAACAUUCAAGCUUCGAAUCCCUUUUACUAGGCGUGCAACAGAGAGAGAGGACGUGAAGACUCUUAUUAUAGAAAUGGUGCAAGCAUCCAAACAACAGAUCAAUUGAGACAAACCUCUAGUAAUAUUGAUUUUAUUAGUCCUAUUUUGUGAACUUUAUUAGUAUGUUGUAAAGAAUGAGAGUUUUUGCUCUCUUUAACUUCAUCAUUUCUCAUCUGGUCAGGGAUUUGGUUGACAUUUCGGCUUAUAAGUUGAUCAUCUUGUCUUAUGUCUUUACCAUUAAACUCGGAGUUGAAUUUAACACUGGAAAUUCAGUUGGAGGA